CUGUUUUCUUCUCUUGUUGCCUGUAAAUCCCUGACACGCGUAAAGCUUCUCUCCUGAUAGGGAGCCUAACGCCUGAGCCCUGAAUAAACCUGCUGAAACUCUCCGGCUUAGCAUGCCGAAUGUAAUGUUCUUAGCCAGCCUCAUCGCAGCAAAUCUCCAUAUUUCUCAGGGAUAAACACUCACCUCUCCUCCCUCUGUCUUCUGCUUUAUGACUGAUUUUCCACCGUGGGUGCAGUGUCAGGCUGUAAUUGCUGGAGGGAUGCUGAAGCCGCUAAAAAAUUCUCUUUGUUUCGCUGUACCCCCUCUCUUGCCAGGGCCGGGGGGGGAGUUGCACACCCAGUGUGGUUUGCAAACUGCUCUUUCUUCAAUGGGCGAGGGUUUUGCAAAGAAAGGAGCUGGGGGAAAUACCCCUGAGCACCUUUCAGCUGGGCUGGUCCUGUCCGGCGGUGGGGACGGGAGGACGCUGGUGAGGCUGGCAGCGAGUGACGGCUGCCGAGAUCGCUGUGCUACGGACAUGGUGACGCUGAGCCGAGCAGUGGGAUCUCCGUGGGCUCCCAGGCAUCACCAUAGCGAUGCAAACAGAGCCGAAAUCCCCACCCUGGCCCACACCGCUGCCUCUCCUGAGCUGUUACUGGUGCAGAAAACCAAACGGGACUCAAAAACCGUGCACAACAGAGAGAAGGCUGCGUCGAAGCAGGGCCAAGCUAAGCAAGCUCAGAGCCAUCCCAGCCUUGAAAACAUCUGGAGUUGUGCUGUAAAACAAGAUGGUGUCCGAGUGUCUCCAGAUGCCACGGCAGAGCUGCUUAGAGGAACCCCUGGCUCACCAUCCCAUGCAAGCAUCAUAUGGAGUGAAAUGUGUUUAGGAGUCGCCUCUGGGCAGGGUCUCUUUGUAAACAAGCUGUCGUGCGUGUUUUUCCAGCAGAAACCACCUGCAUCACUCCUGCUCCCAAGCAAGAAGCAGCUGCCUUGCAAAACCGCUUUCACUGCUGACCAGGGCGCAAAUCACUUCUGUGAUGGCUUUACCUCUGCCAUCAAACCCUCCUGCUCCCCCUGCAUCAUCUCGGUGAGAUUUUAA